GAUAUUAUUGUCUAUAUAGUCUAAAUCUUCUUUAUUGAAAAGAAAAGAAAAGAAAAGAUACGUGAUUGCUUUGAGAGAUACUUUAAUUCAGCCAACUCAUAAUUUCAUUUCUUAUUUUAUCUAACUGAGUUUUCAUUUCUUUUCUUUUUCCUUUCUAUCUCAUUUCUCUCAUCUUUCUUUCCUUUUUUUUUUUUUUUUUUUUUUCUCUCUAGCUUUAGCUGGUUAUGGCUCUUCUAAUGGUUUGGAGCUGGAUGGAAUGACAAUUAUGAUGGUAAGACAUAGAUUAAGGAACUAAUCGUUUUACUUUUUUUUUUAUCUUAUUUACUGUUGGACUCUGGACUGAACAGCAAAUGCAGGUCAACUUGUAUGUACAGGUACUUUUGAAGGUCUUUUUUUUUUCUUUCCUACUUGGUUGAUUAUUUUUUCUAAUGGUAUGGUGUCUCUCUCUCUCUCUUUCUCUCUCUCUUUUGCUGUUCUCUCUCAUGUUCGUGUGGUCUCUUCGUCUCUUUUUUUACUUGGUUGGUCUUUCUCUUUCCGUUUCCUUCAUCUGUCUCUCGUUGUCAUGGUAUUUUCUUCCAGAAUCCUUUACUAAGUGGUUAGUCCUUAUCUUUUUUUUUUGUUUCUUCUUAUUUGAUUGGUCUCUUCCAUGUUUGAUGGUCUCAUUCUGUUUUUCUACUUGAUUGGCAUCUCUGUCUCCAUUAGUAUUAUUAUUGUUAUUAUUAUCAUUGUCAUUAUUAUCACCAGUAUUGUAUAUAUUCUUUAUAUUGUUGGUAUUUAGUUACUUUUUUUUCUUUAUUCCCUUUCUUUUCUUCUGUAAAAAUACUCUUUUAUUUAAAUAAAAUGUUUGAUUAUUUAAAUUAUCCUGCUAUGAUGUUUUGUGUAUGUACCUAUUGCUACUAUCUAUUGCUGUGAUGAUUUAAUAAAAAUGUUUCUUUGAGUGUAUUAUGUGAUAAAGUACAUGGUCUAUCCUACGAUGUCAUCAAUGACAUCGUUAUUUUCGUAAGAGAGAAGACGUACAAUUAACAGUAUACAGGUACAGCUUGCUAUUAUCAUGAGUGGUGAUGAUGGUUG